AUAAAAAUGACUUUUUGUCUUUGAGAGAGACUGAUAGCAAAUCCCGUUUCUGUCCUCUGUUGCCGUCCCUACACUCGGGCCCUCACAUUCACAUAUAGCACGAUGUGCACGUUAGAGAAGAGAGGAUCACUUUUUGUUCUAACCCUAACCAGCGAAAGCGACGAACAACACCGUCUCAAUCCGACACUCCUCUCCUCCCUCCUCGCCGCCCUCACCCAAAUCAACUCCCAAGCCACCUCCGCCUCCGCCCUCGUCACCACCGCCCAAGGCAGAUUCUUCUGCAAUGGUUUCGACUUCCGCUGGGCGCGUGCCGCUGCCGACCCCCAAGCUGCCCGCAUCCGCCUCCGCACUAUGUCGAACUCCCUUCGCCCCGUCCUCGCCGCGCUCUUCUCCCUUCCCAUCCCCACCGUCGCCGCUGUCUCCGGACACGCCGCCGCCGCGGGAGCUAUUUUCGCGCUCGCGCACGACCACGUUCUCAUGCGCGCCGACCGCGGCGUCCUCUACAUGCCGGAGGUGGACCUCGGCAUCACGCUUCCUGACUAUUUUGCAGCCGUCAUGAGGGAGAAGAUCGCGGCGGCGCGUGACGUGGUGCUCGCGGGGAGGAAGGUGAGGGCGGAGGAGGCGGUGGAGAUGGGGAUUGUGCGCUCGGCGCACGAUAGCGCGGAGGGUACCGUCGAGGCUGCGAUGAGCCUGGGGGAGGAGUUGGCACGAAGGAAGUGGGUUGGGGAGGCUUAUGUGGAAAUCAGACAGAGUUUGUUCCCUGAAGUGUGUGAUGUUUUGGGUUUAGCACCUAAAUCCAUUGUUUCCAAGAUUUGAAGAAAAUAACAGGAAUUUAGUGUUUUGUAAUGAAUUGAAUAAACAACAAGGGAGAAUAUGAGAUUGAAGAAAAAGAGCAGAUCAACAUUUUGAUAUAUACAUAUAUAGAAGUUGAUAAUCUAGUUCUUAAAAGAACAAAAUUUUGAUUUGAUGUGUGUGAUGUAUGUGAAAAUUGAACCUUUUCUCCAUUGUUGAAAUAUAAUAGUAGA